CCCUGGCAGGAGCUGGCUAAGCUAGCUGUUAGUUAGCUAGGCUAGCUAACAACAUAGCAAACUUAGCUAGCUGCCUUUCUGCUGUACUCUGAGACUCUGCGGGUAUGGUAAACGGCUGAUUUUUAGACCGCGAGGGGCUGGAUGGUAGUAUUUAUUGGUCCUGGGCGUGUUGUCAGGUUUUAAAGGGAUGUUGGGCGGAUUUAGUGAGUGUUUAGUGAGUUAAGCUAACAGAUCGGGAGUUUAGGCGGUUCAUUGGGAAACAGGCAGGCUGGCGUUAGCUGAGGGUUAGCUGGGGGCUGGAUAGAGAUAUAGAGAGAGUAUCUACAGGUGCUUUAGCUGAAGUUAAAGCUCCUACACUGCCAGAACUUAUUUUAUUAGUUAAUUAACAGAUGCUUAAUCUUUGUGGAAGUGAGUUUUUGGGUGAAGUGUUAGCUAGCUAGCUGCUAUGCUGCUGUAUCUUUAGUUUAGAACUGUCUAGGUGAGAUAGAGUUAGUUAGCUAGAUUAAGUAUGCUAAUAUUUAAGCUCUCAAAUGUGUAGGCCUCUCUCUUAAGACUUUAUUAUUUAAGAGAGACCAAGAGUAUAUAGAUAUUUACAGACAUAAUUGUAUUAUUUAGCUAUUUAGCUAAAGUAUCUAGUUAGAUAGAUAUAAAGCUAGCUUGGCUAACUAGUUAGUUAACUGAGCAGCUUGCUAGAUAAAGAAAAGCACCUGUUGGCAAACCUGCCUGAUCUAUUUUAACCUAAAAAAAAAACAGCUAUCCUAAAAAAGUGGCAAUUUAACUAGCUAGUUAGCUAUUACCUAACCUAAUACAUACUACUGAGCUUUCCAAGACUAUCUAAAUAGCUGUUACUGUGUCUUCUACUCUGGAUGGUUGCUUGAGCUCCAUGAUCUUGCUCAUCAAAACUUCAUCAUCAUCAUCCACUACUUCAUCAUCUAAGAGCUCUUGCCCAGAAAAAAAAAUCUAAACUAGCUACUUAGAUAGAUAGUUAGAACAUCUAGUUAGAACAUUAGAACAUGGCACCCAAAAAAAGACCAGGACCCUUGGUCAUAGGUGGCACUGGAGACGCCCAGACCACAGGAUCCAACAUAGGAGCUGCAUCAGAAGCAAACCUAGAGGCCCUUCAGAAGAAACUGGAAGAGCUUGACUUGGACGAGCAGCAGAAGAAGCGUCUGGAGGCCUUCCUCACGCAGAAAGCCAAAGUAGGCGAGCUGAAGGACGAUGAUUUUCAGCGCAUCUGCGAGCUGGGAGCAGGAAACGGUGGCGUGGUUAACAAAGUCUGCCACAAACCCUCUGGGCUGAUCAUGGCCAGAAAGCUGAUCCAUCUGGAGAUCAAGCAAGCAAUCAGGAACCAGAUCAUUAGAGAACUGCAAGUCCUGCACGAGUGCAACUCGCCCUAUAUAGUUGGCUUCUAUGGAGCUUUCUACAGCGAUGGAGAAAUCAGCAUCUGUAUGGAGCACAUGGAUGGAGGCUCAUUGGAUCAGGUACUAAAAGAGGCCCGAAGAAUUCCAGAAGAAAUCCUGGGGAAAGUCAGUAUAGCUGUUUUAAGAGGUCUUGCCUACCUGAGAGAAAAGCACCAGAUCAUGCACAGAGAUGUCAAGCCCUCAAAUAUACUGGUCAACUCAAGAGGGGAGAUCAAGUUAUGUGAUUUUGGAGUGAGUGGCCAGCUCAUCGACUCCAUGGCUAACUCUUUUGUAGGCACAAGGUCUUAUAUGUCGCCGGAGAGAUUGCAGGGCACUCAUUACUCAGUGCAGUCGGAUGUGUGGAGUAUGGGACUGUCUCUGGUGGAGCUUUCUAUUGGCCGCUACCCAAUCCCACCCCCAGACCCCAAGGAGCUGGAGGCCAUUUUUGGGCGGCCAUUGAUGAACAUGGAGGGAGAGACACUAAGCACGUCGCCACGCCCCAGACCUCCAGGCAGGCCUGUCAGCGGACAUGGACCAGCCAUGGCUAUUUUUGAGUUGCUGGAUUACAUAGUCAAUGAGCCUCCACCUAAACUGCCUCAUGGAGUUUUCACUGCAGAUUUCCAGGACUUUGUGACCAAAUGUCUCAUCAAAAAUCCUGCAGAUAGAGCAGAUCUGAAGAUGCUGAUGAACCACACGUUUAUUAAGCGCUCAGAGGUGGAGGAGGUGGACUUUGCAGGCUGGCUGUGUAAAACUAUGGGCUUCAACCAACCCAGCACACCAACCCGGACAGCAGAAUAACUCCUGAAAUGAGAGAAACACGUUCAGUUUUCCCCUCAAACACACACACACACACACACACACACACACACACACAUAUAUAUACACACACACACACACACAAACUUUCUCUCUUAGUUUCUUCUCUCUGUUGUUUGUCAUCAUUUAUCUCGACACAUUUUUGCACACUGUUCUCAUUUUUACAGAGUGAUCUGGAUACACACACACACACACACACACUCCCACAGACACACACACUGCCCGAGUGAAAGGUGAUGAGCAGUUUUAUAUGAGCUGUAUCCUGCUCAUACAAAAAACGUAUACACACCCACACAUACAGAGAGUCACAUCUGAGUAUAUUUUUCACAUCCAUGUUAUAUGCAUGCAGUCACACGUACACACACACACACACAUUAUCGCACAUUAUAUUUCAGGCCUCUCAGGUGAAUCUUUAUAAAUAUAUAUAUUAUAUUAAAUAAGUAAUUGUAUAGAUGUAUGCCUUUAUCUGGGCCUAGAUUAUGUGCUACAGUUAAUAUAUAAAUAUUAUAAAAUACAGUAUAAGGACAAAAUGUUCACCUCAGUCACUGUUGUGUCAGGCGGUCAUGAUGAUUUGAGUCGUUCUUUAGUCUUUCGUUUUUUUUUUCUCUUUUUUUUUGCAGUCGACAUGAACCAGAAACGAUUGUAUGUGGCGUUCAGCCUUUAUCUCAAUAAAAAAAGAAAAGAAGAAAAAAAA